GCACGAGGCAUCCUCAUGUUCAGCUGCAGAACCAGAGAACCUUCUCCCCAUUUACCGGCUCCAGAGGAUGUGGAGAUUUAUUCCUAUAACUUCCACAGUUUGCUGAGAUGGUCUCCUGUUCCAGUGGAGACAGGCUCGGUGUUAUACACAGUGCACUAUAAAACAGGGGCCUUUCCCGUGUGGAAUGAGAUGAACUGUACCCGGAUCCCCCGGACCCAGUGUGGGUUCCCCCUGGAGAUCCAGAAGCGGCGCUGGACGAUCUUCCUGCGCGUGAGGGCUGAGCUGGGGCAGCUGCCCUCGGCCUGGGUGCAGGCAGGGCCCUUUGUGGCCGAGAGGGACACCACUCUGGGCCCCCCCAGGGUGAGCAGAGUGAGUGCCAGCUCUGACUCGCUGCUCCUCAGUGUCACCCCCCCUUUCUCGCCUGAACCCGGGGACAGUUUCCAGUAUCGUGUGUUCUACUGGGAGAACACAACAAGGACCACGAAAAAGGAACAAGAGACACAGUAUAUGGAUUUUUUUUCUGCUUUUCCAGAGGCAACCAGAGCUGGAUUCAUCACCCUGCUGUGUCUCUCGGGGUUAGUCCUUAUAAAUCUGGCUACAGCUGGUUUGCUGCUCCUGUGGAAACACCACAAGAAAAUCAAACAGUCGUUUCAGCCACCUUUGAAAAUCCCCUCACACUUCGAAGAGUUCCUCAGGGACCCUGGCAUGCCUGGCUUGGAGGAGCUGGACAAUUCCCCGGAGGAUGAGCCCCAGGCUCUUGUGGCUGGAGAAGGAAUCCAAGCCUGGAGCAGCAGCCCAGGGUGACAGCUCUUCAUUCAACACCCCCAGGGACAGGGAAACCACAGAAGAGCCACCCACUGAGUGUCCCCUGGCCCAGGGUUCCAGCAGCUGCUCCCAGGGCGUGGCUGCUGCCGGGACAAUCCUGAGCAAAAUAUGGACCCUGGGAUGUGUCUCAGGGGCUUCUCCUGAGCUCCCCCAGCACCUCGUUCUGCCAGAGACACUGAAAAGGAGGAACACGGAAGGGAAACGAACACUAAACUCCAAAAAUGGUUAAAUUCCCACCCCAGGUUGGAAUACAGCUUUGAGGAAUAGCAGCACUUUACAGGAGGGUGUAGGAGAACAUGGGAUUUUUCAGGGAGUAAAUCAUUGCAAUGUAAAUUCCUUUUAUAGCUGAUUUUCUUUUGUUGGCAAUAAUACUCUUGUUAUAUCCACCCCACUCUGCUUCUCUGAAUCAUUUUCAGCACAUGGCAAACUAAAAAGAAAUUUGUUAGUCCUUCCCUCUCCCCAGGAUGAAGCUGUGCCACAAACUCCUCCCAGAGAGGCCUCCUCCCAUCUGCUUCCUCACAGCCACACCAGUGCCCUGCACAGCCAAACAGACUUGAAAAUAACAUUUAAACCACGUAUCAGUCAUUGUCAGACACUAAAACCUCUUGUUCACCACCAGCAAAUGGAAAGUUGGCUGAGAGGGAUGUUUUGAGUGCCCUAAAGCAGAAGAGCCCACGUUCAGCCUCCUGUGGGGUCUGGAAGGUGUCCAAUAAAGCACAGAGAACAAGUGAACCACUUCUGCACUAAAAA